AUGGGUGCAAGCUGUGGAACAGUAAGUUGUAAAAAUAAGAAGUACCAAAAGUAUCCUCGGGCUACAAUCAAUAAAAGACCUGUACUCAAUGAUUUUUCUUAAGAUACAGAUUUUGAAGAAUCAGAACAGAGACUGCUGAAAUAAUUAGAUCAUGAAGAAGCAAGGAUCGGAACGAGAUUGGAUAAAUGGUUUAAAAUGGUUUCGCAUUAUGCUUUCGUUGGAUUAAAUAAUUUUUUCGAAACUUACCCUCAAUUAUUUUUGAGUAGAGUCUCCAAAGGUCCUCCCAAUUAGUAUCGCUGGUUGGCAUGGAAAGUCCUUACUCAAAAGUAUUUGAAACCAGUAAAGGGCUUAUUUGAGGAAAUGGUUGAGAAAGGAAAAGCAUCUAGCUCAGUUUAGUAGAUUGAAAAAGACUUGGACAGAACUUUUCCUGAGCAUAAAUUUUUCAAUAAGACAUAUUAUGGUGAGAGUGGACAAAUUUCUUUGUAUAAUGUGCUAAAAGCUUAUUCGGUUUAUGAUGAAAAGGUCGGUUACUGCUAGAGCAUAAAUUUUCUAGUAGCCUUUAUACUUCUUGUAAAUGGAGGUAAUUAAAAAGAAGCAUUUUGGUUUUUCUCCUCAAUAAAUAGAACAAGCAGGUUGAAUACCAACUUACCUCAUAUUGAUGGUGUGAGGGGCCUAUUUAAAAAUUAAUUUCCAUUGCUGUUGCAAUAUCUCUAUUAGUUUGAUUUUGUAAUGCAGCAAGAACUACCUGACCUAUAUCAGCACUUUGAAAAAAUAAAUAUGCCUACAAUGCUCUGGCUAUAAAAAUGGUUUUUAUGUCUAUUCUUAUAUAACUUUCCAUUUGCACUAUGCAUUAGAAUAUGGGAUAACAUAUUAGUCCAUGGUUCAAUCUAUAUUUUUCAGGUUUCAAUCGCAAUUUUAAAACUAGUUAAAGAUGAUUUACUUGACUUGGAUAUGUAAGGUGUGAAUGACUACUUUAAAGAUUUUAAAAAUGAAACUUUCCUUAACACUCCUCCUGCCCAAGAAGAACAAAAUAAGAAAAAACCAACGACACUACCAAAUAUUGAUCUCAUUAUACAGGAGAGUUUUAAAAUUAAAAUUGAUUCAGAGUGGUUAAAUUAACUUAGGGAUGAUUAUCGCAAGACAAUAAAAACAUAGAAAGAAAAAUAGCAAAAAGUGGCAAAACUUGCAAAAGUAAAGAAGCAAGCUUUAAAGGAGCUCCAUUAAAAACAGCAGCAAGAAAUAGAAGAACAAACUUUGAUAGAAAAAAUAGAAGAGGAAAAGAUGGUAAUUGAAGAUUUGGAUGCUAAUGUGAAUUAUUAAUAAGAAGAAUAGCAAGCCUAGAGUUCUAACAAUCCAAUGGGUGGUAGUUCAGGAGGAUAAGUAGUUGAUGAAGAUAACAAAACUGUUGAAAUGGAAUAAAAGAAACCAAAAUUUUUACCAAAUAUAGUAAGUUAUGUAGAGCCUUCUAAAUCAUCCCAAAAGCAAAGAGUAUAGAGUACGAGAAAUGUGAUAGCAACUUAAAACCUAAUAUCACACAAAUCCUUGCAACAUUAAGUCAAUGAUGAUGCAAUGAAAAAAUCUUUAGUUAUUAAUCGUAAUAAUAUGGUCUUUGGUUAAAAUCAAUUCAAGGAAUUCUUUGAAAAAUCUAUAAGUCACAAAAACUCAGUUGAAAAUGUCUCUGUCACUAGUUAAAUUGUUGAUGCAUCUCAAAGUCACCAGAGAUAGAGAAAAGACACCAAGAUAUAUUCUGUAAACUCAAUUAGAAUAGAUAAUAAAGAGCUGAUGUCUAAAAAUUAAUCUAUGGAUUAAUUAGAGCACAUUCAACUUGAUGAUGAAGUAGAGAAUAAGCCAUUACCAAAGAAAGUGAGAAAGCUAAAAAUCAUUCGAUAGAACAAAACCUAAGGAAAAUUUAAUUCUAAUUAUCAAUCUGGAAUCUUAAAGAAAAUUAGAGAGCAAAAUAUGGAGCAUUCAAAUUACAAAGGAAACGAUUCCCAGAUAAACAGUUUUGAGGGAAAUUCUAGGUUAUCAGCAUCACAAAAAUCAAAUAGAGUACAAAAAUUAGAGGAUGAUUCGCUAUCCUAAUUUUAGUAGAAACUAAGAGUCCAUUAUCCAAACAUGGACACAAGUUAAAAUAUCAGUGAAAAUCCUAAUCAUCAUGAUAUAGAUGUAGAAGAUAUUGAGAAUGAAGAUGAAAUAAGAGACACUGUGGGUAAUAUGAUAGAUGGAGGCCAGCAAAACGGUGAUAUGGUAUCAUAAGGUUCACUUAUAAGAGGAGAAAGUGAUGCUUUCAUUAAUGAGUCAAACAGACUAUCUAAUUUUCCUGAUGUAAUUCAUAAGGAAUCAGGUAUAAAUUCUGAUACAAUUAUUCAUUUCGUGCAAAACCUUCCCAUUUGA